AUGGCGGCGAAGGCUUUCCAGUGGGUCGGCGCCAGCGCGGAGUGGCUGGCCGAGAUCAGGCGCUGGCGCGAAAAGUCGCAGACCUUCGCGAAGAUCUUUGACGAGCUCACUACGAAGCCCCGGGCUGACGGCCGGCGAGUCGAGGAGAUCCACUUCCACCGCUUGGAGGGCCCCACUGAAACGAAUUGCUGGUGGGAGUUUGAUAAAGACGAAACAAAACAGAUUGGUCACAUUGGCGUGGUGGUCAACCUUCCUGAUUGGCCUCUACCGCGCCAAAAGAGCACGAUCCUCGUCGAGGUUUGCAACGCCUACCAAGAUUGCGUCCAGGGGCUCAAGCCGGACAUCAAGAAGUACAACGCCGGCCAAGGUGAAGAGUAUGCCACCCACAUGGAGUUGAUGGAGCACGGAUCCAUCAAGCUGCACCACAAGAUUUGUGAAGAGCUCAAUGAGACUGGGCUGUAUGACCAAUGGGGCACAGUGCUCGACCCUGAGAAGAAGGAGUCGUGGGUGAAGUUCGAGGACUACCUGCGGGCGAUGAAGGAGACUAAGCAUACGCAGCGUAUGAUUGAUGACUUCAACAAGCAAAAGCCGAAGAAGUGA